GAUAGACCACAAAUUGCUUUUGACAGUCCUUGCAACAUUAAUAUUGGUACCAAUAAGUACCUUGUGUGGUACUUUUUUACAAAAUAAGUUUCAAAUGGUAUCCGAAACGGAGUCUGAUGAUCAUGACGGCUUUCCUACAGGAUCACUCCCUUAUCACAACAAUCAUAGCAAUGGAUUCAACGAUAGACUAACAGAAGAGCGUGAUCAAUAUUCUAGGCCUAGCAAGCUAGACCCGUUGAUGAGAAAUUCACCAACAACCGCAAGGGAGAGCUUUAAUCGGUCAUAUUUGCCCAAGAACAAAGCGAAUGAUGAACAAUUUCGAUAUCAUUUUGACGACUUGGUCAAGUCUCAACAAGCACCUCAACAUAAAACGCAAAUUUCUGUUCGGAUACAAGAACAGAUGGGGAAGACGGAAACAGCAGCGAUAAGCGGAAGUGACGUCACGCCGAAGCGUGGAAACCGGCCAUCUUUAUCGAUCGUUAGCCCUCUGGAUGUUCUGAGCCAGAGGCUGAUGUUGGAAAUGACUCGAAGGAAAAUGAAGCAGAAUCAGUAUCAGAUAAUGGCCAACGCUAAAUUACUGAAGAAUCUUGGGAAAAGAAAAGCACUUCUCUAUUAGCGCCGCCUAGUGGACUGAAAAGGUAGCUAGAAUUUUGUUCUCCGUUAUAGUGCAUUUUCGUUUUGCUUUGACGUGAAUAUAACUAGAGUUAGAGCAUCACCCAAAAUUAAUCUAAUUACCAAUAAAAUGACCUGUUACAAAUAUUCAGUUUUCACCAUUGUGGAAUAUUUUAUUAUCUGAAUAGAGCUGAAACAUUAGAGUUUAAUUGUACUCUGCAAGAAUAUGAUGAUUGUGACGUUCGGUCGUUAGGACUAGUUUAUAUAAAAUGUACGAUAACACCUGUAUUACUGUACCUAACAUAGGA